AUGGAAGAGUCUGUGCCAUCAAUUGUUACUAAUUUUGGAACCGCUUCUUCCUCUGAUGUAAUUGGAAGUGCUGGAACGGGAAAAUCGAGCCUUCUCAAUAAUUUCAUUGGAAACAAAUUUAAAGAAGAUAGAUGUCACACAAUCGGAGUCGAGUUUGGUUCAAAAAUUGUAAACAUAGGCGGAAAGUCCACUAAAUUACAGAUAUGGGACACGGCAGGCCAAGAAAGAUUCCGUUCAGUCACACGCUCUUAUUAUCGAGGUGCCGCAGGAGCUCUGCUCGUAUACGACAUCACAUCGCGCGACUCGUUUAAUGCUCUGUCUAAUUGGCUCCGAGACGCUAGAACUUUGGCUAGUCCAAAUAUUGUAAUUUUACUUGUGGGGAACAAAAAAGAUAUGGAAGAAUCAAGAGAAGUCACAUUCACAGAAGCUAGUCAGUUCGCCCAAGAAAAUGAAUUGAUGUUCCUGGAGACUAGUGCUAAAACAGGAGAAAAUGUAGAGGAAGCUUUCCUAAAAUGUUCUAAAACCAUUUUAGCUAAGAUUGAGACAGGUGAAUUAGACCCUGAGAGGAUAGGUUCCGGCAUACAAUAUGGUACCGGCACAUCUAAGAGGCUUAGCACUCCCAAGAAACCUGCUAGAAAUCCGUCUGAUUGUGCCUGCCAUGUAUAA